ACAGUAAAAGUAAUUACCAUCAGUGAUUUGAUUUUCAGGAUGUGUUUUAAGUACUUGUUAUUUUUGACAUUUUCGUGUCUUGUUUUGGAUUAUUCAUCCGCUGAUACAGAUAAAGUUGUGUGCUAUUAUGGCAGCUGGGCUCACUACAGAAUUGGGAACGGCAAAUUUACAGUCAAUGACAUUGACACAUCCCUCUGCACCCAUUUAAUAUACUCCUUUGCCGGAGUCAACACCGAUGGUAGCAUCAAAAUUUUAGACACUUGGCUUGAAAUCAGUCUUGGAAAUCUCCCCAAUGCUGUUGCAUUGAAGAAAUCAAAUCCUAAGCUCAAAGUGUUGUUAGCCAUUGGUGGAUGGAACGAAGGUUCCGUCAAAUUCUCCACCGUGGCAUCUUCAUCAGCACUUAGGGCAGCCUUUGUUCAAAGUGCUUUGUCGAUAACUUCAACAUAUGGUCUCGAUGGUAUUGAUAUGGACUGGGAAUAUCCCGCUCAAAGAGGAGGUGCCAGCUCAGACAAAGCCAAUUUCCCGCUGUUGCUCCAAGAAUUGCGCACAGCCUUCGAUAAGAAGGGACUCAUCCUCACUGCUGCCGUCGCAGCUGCCGCAGCUUCAGUCGAUCUGUCAUACGAUGUUCCUGCUCUGUCCAAAUAUUUAGAUCUCAUCAACAUUAUGGCUUAUGAUCUGCAUGGUUCGUACGACGGUGUUACCGGCCAGAAUGCUCCCCUUUACGCUUCUUCCAUUGACGUGUCUGCAGCUCAGAAACAGCUGAAUGUGAAAGCCGUAGUUGAAGGAUGGAUUGCAAGAGGAGCUGCUCCAGCCAAAAUAGCCCUCGGUAUGGGUGUCUAUGGUAGAACCUACACUUUGGCAUCAGCCUCCAACAAUAAAUUGGGUGCUCCAGUUGUGAACGCCGGAACUCAAGGCCCUUACACCCAAGAAAUGGGUAUGUUGGGAUACAACGAAAUUUGCGAGAAACAAGCGGCAGGCGGCUGGACCACCGUUUGGGAUGACGAACAGAAAGUACCGUACACCUACAGCGGAAACCAAUGGGUCGGCUACGAUAAUCCCAAGUCUAUCGGUAUUAAGGUCAACUAUGCUAAGCAAAUGGGACUCGGUGGUGUCAUGAUCUGGUCCAUCGAAACCGACGACUUUAGGGGAAUUUGUGGCUCCAAAUACCCCAUACUCAAUGCCAUUAAAUCUGCCUUAGGUGGUACCUCCAACGAAAACAUCGACAACAACGACUCUGACAACAGCAACUCCAAUUCCGACUCUGGAUCAGAUUCCAAUUCCGACUCCGGAUCAGAUUCCAAUUCUGACUCCGGAUCAGACUCCAAUUCCGAUUCCGGUUCCGACAGCAGUUCCAAUGACUCAUCUAACUCAGAUGAAUGUACUAAAGUUGGAUACAUCAGAGAUUCGAAGGCUUGCGAUGUAUUUUAUUGGUGUGCUCAGAGCGGAUCCGGUUGGGUGAAGUACAAGAACACAUGUCCAUCCGGAUUGGUUUUCAAUAUCAACGUGAACAACUGCGACUGGCCAGCGAAUGUUAACUGCUAGAACUAUUUUGAUUGUUGUAUUAAAUUUGUACGAAUAAACAAUUAAUUUGAACAGUA